AUGCGGUUUGCUUUUUUCUUAUCCUGGUGCUGCUGCCUGCAAGGAUGUGUGCUAGGGACUGGCUUCCUCUACCAAUUCCCAACAUCAACCCUACAGCACAACUACCCAGAGCAGAGUUCGGGCUCUCCGGGCAGUGGCUUCACCAGUCGCCGGCAUUGGUGUCACUAUACGGUUACUCGGACAGUUUCCUGUCAAGUGCAGAAUGGGUCAGAAACAGUGAUCCAGAGAGUUUAUCAGAGCUGCCGGUGGCCAGGACCUUGUGCCAAUUUAGUGAGUUACAGGACCCUUAUCAGGCCCACGUACAAAAUGUCCUACCGAACCGUGACCACGCUGGAGUGGAGGUGCUGUCCUGGCUUCACAGGGAGCAACUGCGAAGAGGGUUCAUCUGGCCGGCAGCACCGUUACUUUUCCAAGCUGGACCAAUGCAUGAACUGUACAAGACUAGCGGAUAUGACUGAGAGGCUAAACACACUUGAGGCCAAGAUUCUUCUGCUCGAAGCCGCAGAGCGAAGCCCGCCUUUAGAAAACAACCUGCCGAUGGCUGGGACCACGGCCCCGUGGUAUGACGAUUUGCUGCCAGAUGCCUUUCCUCUGCUAAACCCUGGGACCGUCUUGAGGAAAACGGUGGGAUCUGUCGAGCCUAAAGGACGCAGAGGUGCAGAGGAACAGCUAAUACCACAGGGCCUACCAGGACAGGUGGGGCCUCCAGGCCCGGUUGGACCAACUGGUCUCCCAGGACCGCCAGGGCCAAAAGGCGAGAAGGGUCAGCCCGGUGAGAGGGGCCCAGCAGGGCCACCAGGACUGCUGGGACCUCAAGGACCAAGAGGACUUCCAGGAGAAAAUGGGAUCCCGGGUCCCCCAGGUCCUCCAGGGCCACCGGCCACCCCAAGCCUCCCCCUUACCUUCCAACAAGGGGUUCUCUACUCACUCCAGCCUACGGCUGAAAAAGAAAAUGGAGAACCUCAGCUGGCUUCUACCGUUAUAGACACCAUCAUGGCUGGCUUGCCGGGACCCCGCGGAGCCCCCGGCCCGAUCGGGCCGCCAGGGCCGCCAGGUGCAUCAGGACCCAAAGGGCCACCAGGACCUAUUGGAGCCCCUGGAUUGCAAGGUUUACCAGGCUCUCCAGGACAACCCGGGCCAAAAGGUUCCAAAGGAGACCGAGGAGAGAGAGGGCAAGCAGGUCUGACUGGAGAGAGGGGCAUUAAGGGAUUUCCUGGUGAACCAGGCAAGAAGGGUGAGGAAGGUGAUAAAGGUGCUGAUGGAGAAGGUGUUCAACAACUUCGAGAAGCUCUGAAGAUUUUGGCUGAGAGGGUAUUAAUUCUUGAGCACAUGAUAGGAAUUCACGACUCUUUAUCUUCCAUUGAGCCAGGCUCCGGACAAGAUGUGAUCCCAGGCUCCCCACUGCGAACCAGCAUCAAGAUCAAACGUGGAGGACCCCAGCAGCCACAGCCCUACCAGAUCCUCUCUUCACUGCUGGAUGACAGUGAAGCCAGAAGAAAAAGCAGUCGAAUGAAGUAG